UGUAUAUAAAACAAAACCUUUCCAUCUCUAGUCCAAAACCGGUCUCAUUUCACCACCUUUUCUCCACCCACUUUCAUGGAAGAGACUCUGCAUCUAAGAGCCUCUCGCCGGCCGGAGUACUCUCCGGCGAGCAUUUCCAACCUGCCGGAGAGCCCAAGAGCUCCAAUGGAGUUUCUCUCAAGGUCAUGGAGUGCCUCAGCUCUCCAAGUUUCCAAAGCUUUGGCUCCCAACAAUAACACCAACCCUCCUCCUCCUCCUCUUCCUCCUCCUUCUUCCAAGUCCCUAAGAAGCUCUUCUUCUUGUACCACCACUUCCAUUGCCGAAGACAUCAUCGGAGAAUCCGAGGAAAUCAUCCCCACCAUAGCUGGAAACCAGUUCUCUUUCGCUUCCUCCGCCACUUCCCAGCUCGUGCUUGACCGUAUAAUGUCGCAGUCCAUGAGAGAGGAGGUAUCGCCAUUAACAUCGGGGAGGCUCUCGCACAGCAGUGGGCCAUUGAAUGGCGGGUCACUGACAGAGACUGAUAGCCCGCCAAUAUCUCCUUCUGAAGAAUUUGACGACGUCGUUAAGUUCUUCAAUACCCACAACACCAUUCAGCCCUUAUUCAAUGGCGGCCGGAGCAGCGCCGGCAAUGUCAACGCCCCCACAACAGGCGGAGCCAAGACAGUAGGGAGGUGGCUUAAAGACAGGAAAGAGCGGAAAAAGGAGGAAACUAGAGCCCACAAUGCGCAAAUCCACGCCGCGGUCUCGGUGGCUGCAGUGGCUGCUGCUGUGGCAGCCAUUGCUGCUGCAACUGCAGCCUCCUCUGCCUCAGGAAAGAAUCAGCAAGCGGCCAAGACGGACACGGCCGUGGCCUCCGCGGCAGCGUUAGUAGCCGCGCAGUGCGCAGAGGCUGCGGAGUCUCUCGGUGCGGAUCAUGAUCACCUCACUUCUGUGGUGAGCUCCGCUGUCAAUGUUCACUCUUGUGAUGAUAUUGUCACUCUCACGGCUGCAGCCGCCACAGCUUUACGUGGAGCGGCAACACUUAAGGCAAGGGCAAUGAAGGAAGUGUGGAAUAUAGCCGCGGUAAUACCAGUUGAGAAGGGAAUGGGAAUUGGGGUUUGUGGUAAAGCCAACAUGGAUAACUCUACUCUUGGCAGCUUUAGUGGAGAGAUCUGCCCUGUUGACAAUUUCCCCGACGUCUGUAACCAAGACCUCCUAGCCAAGGGUAGUGAAAUCCUCAAACGCACCCGCAAAGGGGAUCUUCACUGGAAAAUUGUGUCUGUUUAUAUUCACCGAACUGGUCAAGUGAUGCUGAAAAUGAAAAGUAAACACGUUGCUGGGACCAUCACCAAGAAGAAAAAGAAUGUUGUGUUGGAAGUGCGUAAGGACAUGCCAGCUUGGCCAGGAAGACACUUGUUCGAUGGAGGAGAGCCACGUCGUUACUUUGGAUUGAAAACGGAGUCACGCGGGGUUGUGGAGUUUGAAUGCAAGAACCAAAACGAAUAUCAAUUCUGGACUCGUGGAGUCUCCAGGCUUCUCUCGAUCGUUGCAGAGAGAAAGACCAGGCGUUAGGACGGAUUAACAAAGACUAUUAGAUCAAUUUAGGUUAGACUGAUUCCACGUUCCAAAGUCUCCUGGAGUGUUCAAUUCCUCUUUGUAAAUUAUAAGACAGACACGACAAAUCAUGAAACUGUAUAAUGCAAUGGCCCACUUUAAGACUAUUUAGACCUACGAAAGGUGUCGCUGUUGGUUGACAUUGUUGACAAGCUUGUCGGCUUAAUUUGUUGCUUAUUUUCUUUAUAAUGUUUCCCCUUAA